GGCGCCGGCCGCUCACGGGCUGGGGAAGAAAGUCAGGCGGGGCUAGGGAAACCGACGCUGCCCAAUCAGAACGAGGCACUAGCGCCAGCGACGCUACCCAAUCAGAAGCAGCCAUCGGCUUCGGCUUUCCUCGCCCCGCCCUUUCCCUCUCCUCGGCUCCUCCACGCCCUCUCCCGCCCGCUGGGCGCCGCCGCGAGCUCGCCGGGUCACCGAGUAAGCCUCCAGCGGGGUAGAGACAACACCCAAUAGGAAGUUCCUUCUCUAGACUUGAGUAAAAAAUUGUCAGUCAUUUUGGUGAUACCGGGUUGGAUGCCUAAAACUGCAAAGGAAAAAGACCAGGAGAACUUUCAGGAAAAACUAUAUCCAGCAAUUCAGAUAUGGCAGAAGUGAAGUCCAUGUUCCGGGAAGUUCUUCCAAAACAAGGGCAGUUGUCUGUGGAAGAUAUAACCACAAUGGUGCUGUGUAAACCCAAACUUUUACCCUUAAAAUCUCUGACUAUGGAAAAACUGGAGAAAAUGCAGCAAGCAGCACAAGAAACAAUUCGCCAACAAGAAAUGGCAGAAAAGGACCAAAAGCAAAUGACUCACUGAAUAACUUAGCACUUUCUAGCUAUUAACAGUAGCUAGAAAAUAAUCCACCUGUAUGCUGAAAGUAGUAUGUGUUAAUAAAACUGAUAUUCAUAUAGGUAAUAUAAAAUACCCAAGACUAAUGAAACUUGUAUGGUUUGUAAUGAAUAUAAGCCAUUAACAAAACUAA